GAACACAAAGCGGAGGAUGGGCAAGACGCCGUCGCGUCGGCCAUCCUGACCCAUCUCUUUGUGGAGGCCCGGCGGCAGUGGGACGCGGUGUCCUCGACACCGCCGCCAUCAGCUUUGCCAUCGCCGCCUUUGCCGCCGCCUAUCAACCCGGGCCCGCCCUCGGCCCACGUGCCGGACCGGCCGCCGAAGACCUUCUCGGCGUGGAACCAGCAGGUCAAGGCCUAUGAGGACCGCCUGCUCGACGGCAAGCGCCGCACCUUUCCGGUACAGGAGCUACUGGGCGCCGAGGAGAUACUCGCCAGGAUGUGGUUUGAGCACACCGUCUCUAAGAUGUACACGCCGGUCACCUUGGGAGAGAUUGUGUCGCGCCGUACAUGGACGCCGGGAAGGGUGCUCAACCCGCUCGCGGCGAACAGAGCCUCUGCCGCCGCCAGCUCCAAGGCACUGCGCUUCGACCACGGCGCGCUGGUGCAGGAGGAGCCGGCGGAAUGGUCCCCCAAGGGCCUCUUUUCGACGAUCGACGGGGCCAACGCAGCCAGGUGGGCGUGGAUCCUGCUCGGCGUCGGCGAGGAGGACGACGUGAUGAAGUACGCCGACUGGUUUGUGGCGAAGGCUCGGGCGCACUCGGAGAUGGAGGUCAUUUUGUCACAGGCCCCGCCGCCCCGCCGUCAGCCGCAGAUCUCCACAGCAGCGGCGCCCACCGACACGACGGAGGAGACAGAGGACCAGGACCCGACGUGGUGGGGCAUGGGCGGAGGCCGCAAGCGCCGUCGCGGCGGCAAGGCACGCGGCAAAGGGCGCGGCGGCAAGGAGAAGCAGCAGCAGACCGGUCGGGGAGGCGACGGGAAGGACGCCGCAUACCAGGGAUGGUGGAGCCAGAAGGACGGCGGCAAGAAGGCGAGCCAGGACUGGUGGGGCCAGCCCGCCGGCGGCGGCAAGCAGCAGCACUACGACGAUCAG